AUGGCACCCAUCCCAGGGAUCAUUCGCGAAGCAGCUCGCUUUGAGAUCCAGCAUGGCGCAGACUGGACAGACCACGGACCCUACACCAAGAUAACGACAACUGACACGCACACUAGCUACAGCAAUCUGGCAGACCUCUCUCACGAACUCCAGGAGUGGCCCUUUUUGCCCGUGGCCAUUGCCAGCGUUCUUUUUACGAUUAUCGUGGUAGGCACCAUUGCCCACUUUUGCUUUUGGGGAAAACACAGGUAUCCGCGGCAAACUGCAUCUCCAUCUCCCGAGGAUAAGAUGAAGACGGAGGACGUUGAAUACCUGGACACGGUUGAGGAACCCCGCUCAGAUGGUUGGAUGUGUUUUAUCCUGGCCUGCCAUGCUGCCAUUACCCUCGGUGUUGUCUGA